CAAAAACCAAAACAGAAAGAUCAAAGGAAGAAACAAGAAACAAGAAAAGGUAUUUGUGUGGUAAUGGCGCCUCAGGUCAUAUGCCCAGCUUCGAUCUCCAUUCUUCAAACAUCUUUCCUUUUCUCUGAUUGCGUUCUUAAGAGAGUUAGAAGAUAAAGAGUUAGAUGAACGUAUAGACAAAGGGAGAGAGGGGUUUCAUUGAUGCCUUUUGGCGACAACAAGAAACAAUGGAAAUGUGGAAAGGGGAGUGCGAUGAGUUUUCAGAAAGAGAGUUCGACUAUGCGCAAUAUUGGGGAGCCUUGUCUUCAUCAAUCACCCAGAAAGAUUGCAAUAGAUGAAAGCAAGAUGCUUAAACCAGACAAGUGGCAAGCUACCUUUGACAAUGACGGAAAGAUUUCGAGUUUUCAGAAAGUGCUCAAAUUGAUUACUCUAGGUGGUGUAGAUCCAUCCAUAAGGCAAGAAGUCUGGGAAUUUCUUCUGGGUUGUUAUGCUUUAAACAGCACCACUGUAUACAGGAGGCAAUUAAGGAUUGCUAGGAGGGAGCGCUAUAGUGACCUCGUCAAACAAUGUCAGAUGAUGGAGUCAAGCAUUGGAACCGGCUCUCUAGCGGAUGUUGUAGGUUUUAAAGUCAUGGACAUGAGGACAAAAUUCAAAUAUGACAGGAGAAGGGAUGCUGAAGCCCAAAACGGACGAAUUUCUAAAGUCAAUAGUAAGAAAAUAGAAGAUAAAUGUGUAUCGGAUGGCAAGCAUUCAAAGAAAUCGUACUUUUGCCGAAAGGGACAAUCUUGUGAUUUUGGUGACCCUAUAAAUGUAAGAAGAAGCACCACAAAGAGGCCAUAUGGUUCCUGUCGUCUUCUAUCUUCUACUAUUCCAUACAACUGUAACUCCACAACUGCACAUGGACCAUAUGAGGCAAAGUAUGAAAAAGAAAGUUAUAUGGAUGUCUCUACUCCACCUGUUAUACAUUUGUGGGAAAAGGAUAACAAAGAUAUAGAAGAACUUAGAAUACAGAAGGACAGGUCUUCUAAGUUGCGAUAUAAAGAUGCUCAUAUGCAUGGUGUUCGAAAUAACAACAAUAAUGGACACAUGAAUGAAUCAAAUAGCUCUCAAUCUAGGGAUGUCACAAAAUUUGCUAAAUAUAAAAGAGAAGUUAUUUAUCCUAAUAUGCAAAAGACCUAUUCUCGGUCAAGUAAUCAAGAAUGUGAAAGAGAAGCGAUCAACAAGCUUAGAGUAUCUGAUGCACCCGAAACUCCAACCAUACAUACAACAAUGUCUUUGGAAGUUGCCGGUGAUGACAAAGUGACUGAUUGGCUUUGGACAUUUCAACGGAUAGCUGUUGAUGUAGUCAGAACAGAUACACAUCUUGAGUUUUAUGAAGACACAAGAAAUUUGGCUCGAAUGUCAGAUAUUCUUGCCAUUUAUGCCUGGGUUGAUCCUACAAUAGGAUAUUGUCAAGGCAUGAGCGAUUUGUUGUCCCCUUUUAUUAUUCUUUUUGAGGAUAAUGCUGAUGCUUUCUGGUGCUUUGUUAUGCUUUUAAGGAGAAUGCGUGAUAAUUUUAAGAUGGAGGGCCUAACUGGUGUCAUGAAGCAAUUGCAAGCACUAUCUCAUAUAUUAGAACUUACUGACAAGGAUAUGUUUUCUCACUUAUCCUACGUUGGUGCUGAAAGUCUUCACUUCGCCUUCCGCAUGUUGCUCGUACUCUUUCGUAGGGAAUUAUCAUUCAGUGAAACUCUCUGUAUGUGGGAGAUGAUUUGGGCAGCUGAUUUUGAUGUAUCUUUGACCUGUCUUUUAGACGAGAACUGCCCAGAAUUAUUGGUUGUACAAUUGCCUAAACAAAUAGAGGCCAAAUCCAGAGAAGAAAGCAUUAUUACUAAAACUGGCAAUCUUAAAGCUGGUUUUCCAUCAAAAUGUGGAAUUAUCAGACCCUCUAUCAAAGCCACAGGAACGGAAUUCACUUCAACUAGGCCAUAUUGUGGCUUGGCAAAAUCUUUUUGGUCAAGGAAUAACCAUUUGCAGAUUCCGACAAUUGCAUCGUUGAUAAGAAAUGGUGAUGAUGAAUUGCCUGUUUUUUGUGUAGCCGCCAUUCUCAUUAUGAACCGUCAGAAGAUUAUUCGAGAAACAUGUUCAGUUGAAGAUCUAAUUAAGAUAUGUAAUGAUAAUAUGUUGGAGAUCAGAGUGAAGAGAUGCGUACAGUCAGCUAUCAAACUGAGAAAGAAGUACUUUUACAAGCUAAUCAAGAGUAGGAUUCCAGCAACACAGAAUGGCAGAACUCAUAGCAAGAUGUUCAUGCCAUCUAAAAGGUCCUGUUUUCAUUUUUGCCUCUAAGAUGCUUUUCAGCUCUUUUUCAGAGGGUGAAUUAAUGCUCCCAAAUUCAAUUUUCAUGGAUCCAUGCAUGAUAUAGCAACGUAUUUUGAAGGGCAUUUGUUAAGAUUGAAGCUUCUGCAUGAACAUCAACGCUCAACGUGGAAGGAUUGAAGCUUCAACAUCAACAUUAACACUCAGCUUGGAAGAAAAGUUUGAUGAAUGAGGGUUGAGUUUAAUUAAUUGCAUUAGUGUUAGUUUUAUCAUUGUUUAAUUUAUAACUCUUAAGUUUAGAAAUCCACAUUUUCAUCUUCCUUCUCUGUUAGUUACUUAGAGUUGCAGAAUUGGGUUAUCGCAUUAGUUAACACUGGCUGAGGUAGCAUAGUGUUGGUUACCCUACAUUGUAUAAAUCGGUAUACACAACUGUUCUAAUAUAUAUAUAGACAUAUACAACUCAAAAUAA